UUGGUUUCACAGUCACCUAGAAGACCUAAAUGGGCGAGGUACUACUGGAAGAGAACUAGAAUAUAAAGACGAAAUGUUAAAUUGUAACAGAAAAUUAUUGACGAAAAUAUGUUCAUGUUCUAUUAAGUAAGAUAAUGCGCUGGAUAUAUUUUAAGAUCAAAGGUCUAGCGUCUGCUCUUCGGAAGGUGGAGGUGCAGGAAGCUCUGAGGCAGAUGACGACUGGCACUGUGUGUCCAUGGCCUCCCCUACGGCAGCCGGGUGCGGCUCACUUAGCCCUCCUCUAUCGGAGGCACAGGGGCCUCUCCACCCACCCAGACUCCGAACACGUUGGGAACUCUGCCAGAUUCACUCAGACUGGCACGCCCCCUGGGCGCGGUAGCCCGGCAACCAAGGAGGGGCGGGGAAAUCCAGAGCCACAGGGCCCUCCCCUCCCUCCCACGUACUGCUGCAUGAGUGGGUGCCCGAGCUGCGUGUGGAUCGCUCAUGCCCAGGAGCUGCUGGAGUACUACCGCGACGGCGGGGAGAAGGCCCUGGCCGCCAUCGAGGAGCACGUCCAGGACGAGAACAUGAAGACUUUCCUGAAAAUGGAGAUCAGGCUGCUGAAGAAAACCUAAUUUCCCAGACGGUGCACACGAUCUCUUUCCAAAAGAGUGUUAUUGCUCGGAGCUUAAUAGAAUGGCUGGACUGUAGGCGUCGCCAGCUGACGGUUUUAGCUCUGUCACUCCUGGCGGAGCGAGAUCUCGGUCUGGUACUGUUCAGAUUGGUGGAGCAUCAGCUUGAGUACAAUGAGUGGGAUCUUGGGUGGGAUACCUUCACGGGACCUUCUGCGUCUCAUCCCAAUGGGGAGAGCUGAGACAAUCAAGUUUGUCAGAACUGUCUGAGUUGCAAAAUGUCCUCAUGAUUUACCUCAUUAUGUGUCAACCAAUUACCAACCAACCAACUAAGUACCUCCAGUAUCUCACCAAUCUGUGAAGUUUAUAUUACCUAUUUAUUUUUUUGCUCUACAGAGCAAGCCCUGGCGUUCUUCACACUAUCUGAUCAAUAUACUGUAAUGCAGUGCCUAUUGAUUAUUUUUUUUCUGAGAUGGACUCAGGGUUCACAGUGUCCUGAACAGGGGUAGGGCAGUGGGUGUAACCUGCCUCCCUGAGGUGCCCACACCCUUGAUAAGAAGGGCAGAUGUGUAAAGCACACUAGUAAUGUAACAUCAGAACUCAUGCAUAAGGCUGCAUUUUAUUCUUCCCAUCUUUAAAACAUGAUGGUUUUCAUUUCUUGCACAGGAGUGACAGCCUGUUGAAAUCUAAAGUGCAUGAAUUCUAACAGCAUCUGCCAUACUUCCGAAUUUAGACAUCUCAUCUCAGUAUUUUAAAUUAUUUAUUUAGUUCUACUGAUUUUAUGUAUUUAACAAUCAAGAGUGAAUUAGAAAAUGCAAUAAUUUAAUGCAUACUAAUGUAAUUUCUGAAAACAUCCUGAAGAAAAAUUAGAAUACGCUAAUAAGAAAGUAGUUUGAAGGUUAGCUGUUCCUGUGCAACUUUUAGGAUUUUAAUAGCAAAGCCAUUGUGUAGAAUGUAGUUAGAAUGAGUGGGAUGAAGUUAAUGUUUCACGUUGUAUUUGUGUCAGAUAACCACUAGGUAGUGUCUUAGCUGGCACAUUUAAAAAUGUUACACCUGUUCUCAAGAGAGACCCAGUGAGAGUCUGCGGUAUACCAAUAUUGUAAAUGAAUGUACUGAGUAUUAAAUUGGAUCUGUCUGUGAGUAAAAGCUACAUUGACAAGAAUUCUAUGUUAUGUAUGAAGGUACAUUUUUAAAUAAGACACACAUUUUUAUAGUCAAACUCACUGUAGAAUAUUCUGACCACUACAAUAUUUGAGUCCCAAGAAUGAAUAAAUAUGAAUGUAUUUUCAUCAUAAUGUCUUUACAGCGGGUCAGCAGUGUUUGAAUUAAAUACUAAUUUGCUUAAAAAUGAA